AUGUCAACAUUCAUACAAGCGUGUAAAGGAUCUCUAACUACAGCAGCAGAUCUUGCUGAAGCUAAAAUCGAAGGAAAACACCCAGCGAACGAUCCGAUCGAAAAAGCUAAUCGUGAAAAUCAAGGUCAUGCGAUAACACAAUCACAGACGACAAUUGGGGAAACAUUACAGUUGACAUCUACUGAGUCGAAUCAACACAAGAAGGAUGAUGCGAGCACAGCAGAUCUUGCUGAAGCUAAAAUCGAAGGAAAACACCCAGCGAACGAUCCGAUCGAAAAAGCUAAUCGUGAAAAUCAAGGUCAUGCGAUAACACAAUCACAGACGACAAUUGCGGAAGGUGACAAAUAG